UGAUAAUAAUAAAAAGUUAAAUAAACGAUUAGUUCAGUUCGGAACUACUCAGGUUUUUGUAUUCUUGAGUUCCUGACUUUAAAAAAAAACCUGGGAAGGGAAAAAUAUAACUUAUGAUAUGUUUUUCCAUCAUGUUAAUGACACACUUUUUUCAAUAUGAGAAUAAAAAAGAGCGAUCAACUAAAGUUAAAAACUUUUCUGAAACUAUUUUUCCUUUGCCUAGCUGUGUUCAUUUUGUUAUUCCUGUAUUUAAUUUGGAACCUUAGUCCUAUAACUGAAAAUAUAGUCACUGAGCCUGUUGUCUUCAAAAGACACGAUGUUGUUGUUGCUGUUGUUGCCUGUGGUGACCGCUUCGAAGAAACAAUGACAAUGUUAAAAUCAGCACUAAUGUUUACAACAAUUCAUAUAAAUUUUUUGGUUGUCUCAGAUGAUAAAUUAAUCGAUAGAUUUAAAGAAAAGUUAGGACAAUGGAAAACUCUAACUAAAAAUCGUUUCAGUUACAAAGUAUUACCUUUAACAUUUCCAGUUGAUGAAGCUGAGGAAUGGAAAAAAUUAUUCAAAUUGUGUGCAUCUCAGAGACUGUUUUUACCAGAACUCUUGAAAGAUGUUGAUUCCCUUUUAUAUAUGGACACUGAUACUUUGUUCCUUACACCUGUUGAAGAUGUUUGGGAUCAUUUUUAUAAAAUGAAUUCUAGUCAAAUGGCAGCUCUGGCUCCUGAACAUGAAGAGCCUAAUGUAGCUUGGUACAAUAGAUUUGCUAAGCACCCUUAUUAUGGAAAAUUAGGAGUAAAUUCAGGAGUUAUGCUUAUGAAUUUAACAAAAAUGAGAGCAUUUCGAUGGAGUGAAUAUGUAGUUCCAAUUUAUAAAAAGUUCAAACUAAAAAUUACAUGGGGCGAUCAAGACAUAAUAAAUAUCAUAUUCCAUUAUCAUCCAGGAAAAUUAUACAUUUACCCUUGUCGAUAUAACUUUCGACCAGAUCAUUGCAUGUACAACAGUGUGUGUAAAUCAGCAGAAAAAAAAGGAGUUGCAGUACUGCAUGGUUCAAGAGGAUUUUUCCAUUCCGACAAACAACCUGUAUUCAAAGCAAUUUAUCAAGCUGUAGAAGAGUUCAACUUGGGUACUGAUUCUAAACAAAUCUUUCUUCAGAGUGUUGAGACUUACUUGGAAGAAAAAAAAAAUACUAACUGUGGACAUGUAAGAGAUAUAUUUUUAAAAAAUUUGAAAAAUUAUAUCGAAGAGUAAGUUCACAGACCAAUAAUGCAAUUUGCUCUUGUGAUAAUUUUUAUUUUGUAUUUUAGAAUUAUACAUUUUUACAAAGCAUUUGCUAUUUAUUAUACAAUAUAUUCAAGUAAUAAUAAUUUAA